CGUGACGUUUUACGGAACUCGACAGAAAAACAUGGUACAUUUACUUGGCAAAUUACCUUCUGAAGAAUGUCCAAAACUAUUACACAGGGUGGUAGACGGUGUGUGUGGGCGGGAGCCCCCUCGGAUGGCAGACUACGGUGAUACGUGGACCCUUGUAGAAUGGAUGGAGCUCCUCGUCUCCUUCUCCUCUCUGUUCCGGCUCACCGUGGGUAAGAAGACCCCAGACGAAGAGGUGCUGGCAUCGUUGGCAGACGUGGGCAGUGGGUACGGGGAGGCCGUGCUGACUGUCCUGAGGGCCAGACGAGAGGAGAUCCGUCAGGCGCUGGUGGAGAGGACCAAUAACGUGUCCAACUCAACCCUCCAGGAUUUUGACUGGCAGAUAAAGCUGGCAUUGUCCAGCGAUAAGAUCUCGUCUCUCCAGACCCUACUCAAUCUCAGUUUGGACGUGAAGGAGAACGGUGCCCUGAAGCCUCUAUCUGUCGAGAUGAACAGAGAGGAAUUACAAACACUCAUCAGCUCAUUGGAGGCUGCCAAUAAGGUGGUACUACAGCUGAAGUGAUGGCAGCGAGAGACAUUUCACUGUGCACUUUUAUUUAUGGCUCUUAUUAAAGGGACGUGUUAUGUCAUCAUAGAGGGACACUGAGCUAUGAUAUAGGGAAACAGUGGUCCGAUCCAGAAACAAGUCUUAGCCUUCAACCCACUAGGCACUGAUUCCUUACGCUUCGAUCACACCUACAGCGUCAUUGCGGAAAAUGGUACACAGCAUCAUCUGGAUAUGUGUGCAACAAAAGUUCAACAUUCACCUUCUGCUACCCUUUCUGUCAAUCCUUCUACACAUAUAAUUUGAUGCAUACGUUCGAUAAAUCCAACAUAUGCACCACACAGAACGCCCUGCAACUGCCUCUGCAACGCAAUGCAGCAAGGCAAGCACAGCGUUCCAUUGGAAAUGAAUGUACUUCUGGUGUACCAAAACGCAAUGACGCUGUCUGUGUGAUCCAGGCGUUACACUUCAGCUCUAAUGGGUACUAGAUCACUCCCCUAAUUAAUUCCAAAGCAUUGAAUUUGUGUAAGCAUGGGAUAGUGGGUGUUGCACCAUUUUCCUUUUAUUCAAUUUCUUUUAAAUCCAUGAGGGGGAGUGAAUGAGUGCACAUUUUGGGGAGAAGGGUAGAGAAUCGUACUGCAGCCUGAGAUAUAUAUUCCCAAGACUGCAGCAGUCUUUUUUUGUACUUGUUGUUUUGCUGGUUUUAUUUGUAAUCCAUUCCAUUACUGUAUCAAAAAAUACUAAUGUUUGACCUUA